CACGGGGUCAGAGAUGAAUGGUUUGUCGGCUAGCUGUUAGACGGGCGGUUAUCAGCUAUUUUCAUUUUCUUCAGAUAUACGUUGGCUGUAAUUUAAAGUAAAAACUGUAUACGUUAAGUUCUAAAACCCAUAGAUUAUUUGAGUCAUAUAAACCAAUCUCACUUCAUCUAUUUUCCCGUUGACAAGGAACUAUGGUAGCCAGCAUGUAAUUGUUUUUCAUCCAAGGGUGAAGGGAACUUAAGGAGUGCGUUGAAGUUUGGUUAAGACUGUGUUUUAAUUGAAAGUGAACUGUACGUUCUUACAACAUUGCUUUGCUAAAGUUGUGAUACAAGUGAAAGACAAAUGAUGCCAUACUAAGUGGUGUGAGUUGUCACGGCUAUUUUAUUAGUUGCGAAAUGGGCCUUGGAUGUAACCUGUGGAAGAAUAUUCGUUAUACACCCCUAAUGGAAUUCUUCUGCUUAGCCUUAGUGUAACUGUUAUGGAUGAUUUUGGACAGCCUUUAGAGUUGGGUACACAAAAUGAUCACCGACGGACCAUUAUUCACAUUGAUAUAGAUUGUUUUUAUGCCCAAGUGGAGAUAUUGAAAAAUCCAUCACUGAAAGAUUUACCCGUUGGCAUACAACAAAAAAACAUAGUGGUUACCUGCAACUACAUAGCAAGAGAAUAUGGUGUUAAGAAGUGCAUGGAAGUCCGAGAAGCUCAGAGCCUGUGUCCACAGUUAGUGCUUGUUUGUGGAGAAGAUUUGCAUGAUUAUAGACAAAUGUCAUCCAAAGUAACAAACCUAUUACAGAAUUUCAGUACGCAGGUUGAGCGAUUAGGGUUAGAUGAAAAUUUUGUUGAUGUAAGCCACUUGGUAUCUCAGUCAGACUUUAAAACUGAGAGGGCAGCUGCAGAUGGGAAAAUAUUCAAAAAUAUAAUGGAUGAAUGUGAUUGUGGCUGCCAUGAACGCCUGUGUAUUGGUUCGCAUAUUGCAAGUAAAAUUAGGAAGCAAAUAAAAAGCGACUUGGGUUUAACCUGCUGUGCAGGAAUAUCGUACAACAAGUUAUUAUCAAAAUUGGUAUGCUCUGUUAAUAAGCCUGAUCAGCAAACAACCGUAUUUGCAUGCUGUGCCCUAGAUUUAGUGUCAGGUCUUCCAGGUUUGAGAUGUAUCCCAGGCAUAGGAUCCAGGUUAUGUGAAACCUUGCAAUCAGUAGACAUAACAUCAAUCAGUGACCUUCAGAACUGCAGCAUGGAGAAAUUAAGACGUGCGGUUGGUGUUGAUAAUGCUAUACGCUUGAAAAGGCUAAGCUUUGGUAUUGAUAAUUUACCUGUAAAACAGUCUGGUAAGCCACAUACAAUUAGCCUUGAGGAUGGUUGCCGAAAAGUAAAUUUGGAAUCAGAGGUGCGAAGUAAAUUUUCAGUGUUGCUGCAAAGACUUAUGGUCUUGUUAAAUGAAGAUGGACGGAUACCUUGUGCUGUUAAAGUAACUGUAAGAAAGUAUGACAGUGUCACAAAAGUGAGUCACAGGGAGAGCAAACAAUGUAAUAUACCUCCAUCAUUUUUUACUACUGCUAAUUGUGAACAGCUUUCAAGUGAUGUUACUGAAAAGUUAAUGAGUUCAGUCAUGCAGUUAUUUCACAAAAUGGUUAAUAUAUCCAAACCAUUUCAUCUGACUCUUGUUGGUGUAGGAUUUACCAAGUUUCAGGAGCGAAAGACGGGAAAAAGUUCCAUAGCUUCAUUCUUAAAAAAAGAUUUGUCUGUUCAGUCAGUUACAUCUUACAAGUAUCUAUCAGGGAUCGGUAAUGGAAUGGAGCAGUCACCUUCACAGCCAUUCCCAGUUCAUAGAUGCUUUCAUAACACAGAAAAAUCUGGCUCAGAAUCUGAACCAGAACCAUCACCAAAGAAAACAAGAAUAGAUUCUUGGGUUGCAAGAAGGAAGAGAACUGUGUGCAUGGAUGAUGACAGUGAUGAUGCAUCUCCUAGCAAGUUAAGAGUCUCGGAUAUUCAUCUGAAUUCAAGUGAUUCUGUUGAAGAAACUUCCUCAGAAGAAUUGCCUCACAAUAAAAUGGAGAAAAAAUUAGAUAGUGAUUAUUUGCAUUCUGUAUGUACAUUGGAAGAUGAUUGUGUGCAAGCUACGAAAAGAGACUUUCCUGUUGAAUGUAAGUGUCCAGAUGGUGUUGAUCAAUCAGUGUUCAGGGAACUGCCGUAUGAAAUGCAAAUGGAACUAGUUGAAUCUUGGAAUUAUAAAGCUAAGACUAAAGAAUUGAAAAGCAAUGUGAAAGGAAAUAAAAAUACAAUUUUGCAUUACUUCAUUCGAGAUAAGCAGGCUAGUUAAUUUCACAAGCUUAAUCAUGUCUGUAAUAAAUCAAAAUUAAAUAUUCAUAAAUCACACCUAUUUUCAAAGCAUUUACAUCUGCAUUUACCUCACUCAAAUUCACUGUACUGAAUGUGGAGGACAGGAAAUAUCCAGAGUAAUUUGUUUUUAUAGCUGUAAGCAUAAUGUACUUGGCCAGGGAGAAAACUGCUAACUUUCAGACACAUUGUUAUGAAAGCAAACUUCAUGCCUGAUUAAUCUCUCUAAUUAAAAGCAAUUACUAACUUCUUAUUAACUUAAA